AUGACAACUGCGACCUCCGCGCUCACAACGCGCCUCACAGGCCUGUCUGAUCAGAACAAGCAAACAGUUCAGCUCAUCCACCGCCUUGCGAAGCUCCACUUUCAACCCGGCUCCACUCCCCUCGACGGCGAAGAGGGCGACGUGCGCAUAGAGCUUAGCUCCGAGAUCCACGACAGCUUAAAACUUCAAGAGGAGGAGCUUGAACUUUUACGACAAGAGGUCGAGGAGCUCACUACUAGCAGUGCGCUGGGUAGCAGGAAGAAAGACAACGAAAAGGAACGCGAAAAGAGCAGGUUGACCAUCCAGCUUGCGCGGCUGGGUGAGGACCUUAAGCAAGCACGAAGCCAAUUCCGAAAGGCUCAAUUACAAGCCAAGCGCAACGCCGAAGCUGCCAAGCAGAAGGAACGCGAACUGCUCUUUGCCGGCAUCCAGGAAGGCAACACCACACCCACCGCAGGUAGAAGACGAGGCGGUACCGAAAAGCUCACGCAGGACGAGAUCAUCGCCAACGCGUCGAGCGACGUGACUUCUGCUCUGAGACGCACCCACCAGUUGAUGACCUCUGAGCUGUCCCGCUCACGAUUCGCACAAGAGACACUUGAUCAGUCGACGGCCGCGCUUGCAGAGCUUGGUGAGAAAUACACAGACCUCAGCACGCUUCUCGCAAAUUCAAAGACUCUCGUCAACUCGCUGCUCAGAUCGCAGAAGAGCGAUACUUGGUACCUCGAGACAACUCUCUACAUUCUCCUCACCACCAUCUGCUGGCUCCUUUUCCGGAGACUUCUCUACGGGCCCCUCUGGUGGUUUGCCUGGCUUCCUCUCAAGUUUGCCUAUAAAUUCCUCUUUUCAAUCCUCGCAACAGUCGGUUUAGCCGGUGGUGCAGCACAAACGCAGGCCCUCUCGUCACAGGCCGCAACAGCGUCUUCAUCUUCUCUUAUCAUCCAACCUAGCGCAUCCAACAAGGCACAUCCCAGAAUGCCUGACCAGCCGAAACACAACAUCCCUGCCGGCGCCGGCGGUGCGAACGUCAAGCAGGGCGAUGCUCAGCAGCAGGAGGACCCUAGUCAGCCGGGGAGCAUGUCUCAACAGGUUGGGCAGAUGGCAGAGCAGGCCGCGAGGCAGCAAGAUGAUGUGCCGAGGAGGGGUGACGGCGAGCCCUUGGUGGAGUCGGACAAGCCGCGGAAUCCGAAAAAGAGGAUGUGGGAUGAGGGCGUGGAAAGGGCCAAGUAUGAGGCGCAGCAGCAGGAGGAGCAGAGGCAAAGAGAUGAGCUGUAG